AUGGCUGCCAGAGAGCCAUCCAGAUAUCUGGCAAGGGGACUGCCCCGGACAUUCGUCCCAUCUACUCGUUCUCAAGCAUUCCUGAACAGGCGCAAUGUCUCCGACGAAGCCCCAGCUAGACGUCUGUCGGACCAACUCGAAGACCUAGAAACCGCGUCUUCAUUGACUACAUCGGUAUCCGAGAGUGCAGCAAGCUCAUUCGACCCCAUUGCACGAAGCCAAACUCGCAAAACCCAGCUUCCGCGCGGUCGAUACCAAUUUCGCUCUCCUAAGUACGACCGUGGUCCUCUCCACCCUCACCAACCUCCGGCUCCUUCAGAUCCUUCUUCUCGCCUCUUCGUCCCCGGUCCUUUCGCUCUUCCCCGUGCCGAACAGACCUACAACUCAACCGUCGCAUCAGACAUCCUCACCCUCUGCUACGUUCACACUCCACCAGGCUUCAAGCCUCCUCCCAAGGCGCCUCGUCUCCGUGAAUGGGAUGAGAGCUCACCAUACCACAAGAACCGUCCCCUCCGCGGACCCCGUGGUGGAGAUGUCCUCCGUUUACUCCGCAAGCCAAUCAAGUUCAACAACAUCCCCAAGAUCGAACGUAUCACUCUCCACAGCUACGUGAAGGAAGCUGCACAAGAUAACUCGGGCUGGUUGCAUGUCGCCGGUAUUGCGGUUCAGGCUAUCUCCAACGUUCGCGUCGAGACCUUCAAGUCGAAGGCCAGUGUUGCCAACUGGAGCCUUGUCCCUGGCCGUGACACUGUGGCGGUUAAGGCCGAGCUGCAGGGUGAGAACAUGUAUCACUUCCUCGGCAAGUUGAUCGAUGUGGUUCUUCCUCGCCUCAAGGAUUGGCCUGGUGUUAAGGGAAGCAGUGGUGACAGCAGUGGAAACAUCACCUUCGGUCUGGAACCGGAGCAGAUGGCCCUCUUCCCCGAGAUUGAGGUCAACUAUGAUAUGUAUCCCCCCAAGAUGAUUCCGGGUUGCCAUAUUACCCUCCACACUACGGCUAAGGCGGAUAAGGACGCUCGUCUCCUUCUCAGCGCCAUGGGCAUUCCUUUCUAUGGAAAGAUUGUCCAGUAG